UUUUUCCAUUGAUUGCGUCUGCUCCUGGCAGCGAGCUGUGUGCAGGGCCCUGCUAUCCGACCAUGUCCCCCGCCUGAGACCAGCCCCUCACCCCCCGAGCCCGAGACAUGGGGCCUGGAGAGGACAAGCACCUCGUACCCACGGAGGGUAUGUUUUGGAGCUGCAGGCAAAGUAUCUUUAAUGAAAUGAAGAAGUUGUUCUCGCAGAUAGAAAAUGCUGCUGAUGAACCGAGAGUCCUGUGUAUAGUGCAAGACAUCACCAACUGCCGAACUGUAAAUGAACGGAUUACCUUAAACCUCCCCGCAUCCACCUCCGUCAAGCAACUGUUCAAUGAUGUGUCCAGUAAAGCUGGCUACGUGCCCGGCACCUUCAGCCUGAUGUGGGGGAAUGGAGCUCCUAAUGCAGAUAUGGCCAUUCUUGAUGACUCCCUGGACAGGACUUUAGAGGAUGCUGGGUUUGAAGCAGGAAAGAAAAACUUCCUUCAUUUGACUGAUAAAAAUGGAGAGCAGCCGCAGCUUGCCUCGGAUGAGUCUGGAACAGCGGACAGCAGCGGUCUGGAUGACAGCUCGCAGGAGAAAUUCAUUGGACCUUUACCCAGGGAAGGAUACAUGGGUUGUACCAGUGAUUAUGCCAGCCAAAACUAUUCCUAUUCCUCUCUCCUCAAUAAGUCUGACACAGGUUAUGUUGGUCUUGUAAACCAGGCAAUGACUUGUUAUUUAAACAGCCUUUUGCAAACACUGUUCAUGACUCCAGAGUUCCGGAAUGCCUUGUACAAGUGGGCUUUCGAGGAUUCAGAAGAAGAUCCUGUCACCAGCAUACCAUACCAGCUCCAAAGACUGUUUGUUUUGUUACAGACAAGCAAAAAACGCGCCAUAGAAACUACAGAUGUAACACGCAGCUUUGGCUGGGAUAGCAGUGAAGCUUGGCAGCAGCACGAUGUUCAGGAACUCUGUCGGGUCAUGUUUGAUGCACUGGAGCAAAAGUGGAGACAAACUGAGCAGGCUGACUUAAUAAAUCAGCUGUAUCAAGGCAAACUGAAAGACUAUGUCCGCUGUCUGGAGUGCGGAUACGAAAGUUGGAGAAUUGACACCUUUCUUGAUAUCCCGUUAGUCAUUCGGCCAUAUGGUUGCAGCACUGCAUUUGGCAGCGUGGAAGAAGCAUUACAUGCGUUUGUUCAGCCCGAGACACUGGACGGGCCAAACCAGUACUUCUGUGAACGCUGUAAAAAGAAGUGCGAUGCCAGGAAGGGCCUGCGAUUUCUGCACUUUCCUUACCUAUUGACACUGCAGCUGAAGAGAUUUGAUUUUGAUUACACAAGUAUGCAUAGAAUAAAGCUCAACGAUCGCAUGAUGUUUCCUGAAGAGCUGGAUAUGAGCCCAUUUAUUGACGUGGAAGAUGAGAAGUCCCCAGUGACAGAGAGCUGCACAGACAGCGGGGCAGAGAAUGAGGGCAGUUGUCACAGUGACCAGAUGAGCAAUGAUUUCUCCACGGACGAUGCUCUGGAUGAAGGAAUUUGUCUAGAAAGUAACAGCAAUGUAGACAAGCUGAAUAAAUUGGCCACAGACAAGCCUACUUUGUAUGAACUUUUUUCCGUGAUGGUUCAUUCAGGAAGUGCCGCGGGUGGCCAUUAUUACGCCUGUAUCAAGUCCUUUGCCGAUGACCAGUGGUACAGCUUCAAUGACCAGCAUGUGAGCAGGAUAACACAAGAGGAUAUUAAAAAGACCUAUGGUGGGGCAACAGCAAAUCGUGGUUACUACUCCAGUGCCUUCGCCAGCUCCACGAAUGCUUAUAUGCUUAUGUAUCGGCUAAAGAAUCAAGCUAAAAAUGCAAAGUUUCUUGAUGUCUCUGAGUUUCCACAACAUAUAAAACAUCUGGUACAGAAGGAACAAGAGCACGAGGAGCAAGAGAAACGUCAGCGAGAGAUUGAACGCAAUACGUGCAAACUGAAGCUGUUCUGUAUGCACCCAGUCAAGCAAAUCAUGAUGGAGAGUAAGCUGGAGGUUCAUAAAGAUAAGACUCUGAAGGAGGCAGUAGAAAUAGCACAUAAGAUCAUGGACUUGGAGGGAAUUGUACCCCUCGAUUGCUGCCGACUUGUGAAAUACGAUGAGUUUCAUGAUUACUUGGAGCGAUCAUAUGAAGACGAAGAGGAUAAACCAAUGGGAUGCCUCCUGGGUGGAGUCAAAUCCUCCUAUAUGUUUGACCUACUGUUGGAAACCAAAAGGCCGGAGCAAGUCUUUCAGUCGUACAAGCCGGGCGAGGUUAUGGUGAAGGUGUGUGUAGUGGAUCUGAAGACCGAGACUGUGGCUCCACCGCUGAGCGUUCGGGCGUAUCUGAGUCAGACGGUCACAGAGUUCAAGCAGCUCAUUUCUAAGAGCACGGAUCUGCCCCCUGACAACAUGAGGGUAGUGCUGGAACGAUGUUACAAUGAUCUGCGACUGCUCAACAUCCAAAAUAAAACUCUGAAGGCAGAAGGAUUCUUUAGAAGCAAUAAGGUCUUUGUGGAGAGUUCUGAUUCAUUGGAUCACCAGCUACUCUUUCCAGAGUCUCAGCUAUGGAAGCUGUUAGAUCGUCAUGCCAAUACAAUCAGACUGUUUGUCUCGUUACCUGAGCACUCCCCUGGACCUCCCACUGCCAGGUCUGCAUGCCCAAAAGCUUGUGGGGGGGAAUUGAAUCAACCUAAUGACUUUUCUGACCAAGAUAAAGAAAACGUAAAAUCUGUGGAUGCUAUUUUGGAAGAGAGCACUGAAAAACUAAAGAGCUUGUCUCUCCAGCAGCAGCAGGAGGGUGGGAACGGGGACAGCAGCAGGAGCACGGAGGGAAGUGACUUUGAGAACAUUGAUUCGCCUCUAAACGAGGCGGAUUCUUCAGGUUCAGCCGAUAACCGAGAUCUGGAAAAUCGAAUUCUGGCAACUGAUGCCGAAAACAAUUUCCAGUCGGAAGAGCGAUCAGAUUCCGACGUGAAUAAUGACCGGAGCACGAGCUCUGUGGACAGUGAUAUUCUCAGCUCAAGCCAUAGUAGUGACACCCUUUGCAAUGCAGAUAGUGCCCCCAUCCCCUUGGCUAAUGGACUUGAUUCCCAUAGUAUCACCAGCAGCCGGAGGUCCAAAGCCCAUGAAGGGAAGAAGGAGACCUGGGACACAGCCGAGGAGGAUUCUGGGACAGAUAGCGAAUAUGAUGACAGCCGGAAAAGUCGAGGAGAGACGCAAUACAUGUAUUUCCGGACAGAAUCACAUCCUGCUGCAGGUGAAGGGAAUAAAUGCUUAUUGGUGAACGUGGAUAAAAGAAUCACCUUAUCUGCCUUCAAACAACAUUUAGAGCCUUUUGUGGGGGUGCCCUCCUCCCAGUUUAAAGUGUUCCGGGUUUAUGCCAGUAAUCAGGAGUUUGAGAGUGUCCGUCUGAAUGAAACCCUUUCAUCGUUUUCAGACGACAAUAAGAUCACCAUCCGGCUCGGUAGAGCACUUAAAAAGGGGGAAUACAGAGUGAAAGUUUUCCAACUUUUAUUAAAUGAGACAGAGCCCUGCAAGUUCCUGCUGGAUGCUGUGUUCGCUAAAGGAAUGAGUGUCCACCAAUCUAAAGAAGAACUGUUACCACAACUCAGGGAGCAGUGCGGUCUGGACCUGUCCAUAGAUCGAUUCCGACUCCGAAAGAAGACCUGGAAGAACCCAGGAACAGUAUUUCUGGAUUACCAUGUUUAUGAAAGUGAUAUUAGUAUUUCCAGCAACUGGGAAGUGUUCUUAGAGGUGCUAAAUGAAAACGAGAAGAUGAAGUCCAUGUCUCAGCUUUCUAUAUUUACUAAGAGAUGGAGGCCAUCGGAACUCAAGCUUGACCCGUUUCAGGAAAUUGUGCUGGAGACAAAUAACGUUGAUGAGCUACGAGAGAAGAUUUGUGAAAUAAGUGACAUACCUUUGGAAAAUCUGGAAUUUGCAAAAGGGCGAGGGACAUUCCCAUGCGACAUUUCGAUUCUGGAGAUCCAUCAAGAUUUAGAUUGGAACCCAAAGGUUUCAACUUUGAAUGCCUGGCCUCUGUACAUUUCAGAUGACGGAGCAGUUAUAUUUUACAGGGAUAAAACGGAGGAUCUAGUUGAACUUACAGACGAGCAGAGGAAUGAGUUAAUGAAAAAGGAAAGUAGCCGCUUGCAAAAAACUGGGCACCGUGUGACUUACUCCCCCCGAAAAGAAAAGGCACUAAAGAUUUACCUGGACGGAGCAUCGAGUAAAGACGCUGCUCAGGACUGACAUUUAGCUUAAGACUCCAUUCAAGGGUUGCUUUCGCAGGCAGGUUCACUGUCGGCACAGAGAAAGGACUCUCUGCAGGACACUCAAGGUGUGACUUGAUAAUACCAGCACUGAUUGGUGGACUGUAAUCCAAUCAGCACCGCAGGACCCAGUGAGGUCACUGUUUGACUUGUAAUCAUGUUCUGCACUAUGGUCGAUUAAACUGUAAAGGGAUGUGCAAAUAAGAUUAUAUAUAAAUAUAUACAAAAGCAUAUAUAUAAUGUAAUAAAAAUCAAACCAAGUGGAUUGGAUAUUUGGCUGUUACCCAGCUUUGGUUGGAUGCAAUUGUUUGGAGCCCUCUCAGAGAGAGAGAUCUCCUCAGAUCUUUCAGGGAUUUCAACAUAAAGCUACAAGGAGCUUGGAAUAGUUUUCUAUGUUAUGUCGCUGAUACACACAUUACCUCAAUUGAAGUAGUAGGUUUGUGUACAUGCCUGAUGCUGCUGUACCAUUAUUUGACGAGGGUAAGAAGGUAGGUAUACGCUGGAAUUAAGGAUGCGCGUCUGUUUACGAACAGGUUCUUGUAGCAAGGGGACAAAGUAUUAAAACCAAUAGAGCAAUCUUAUUCUGCUGUUUCAUCAGAGUGUAAAUAAAAUAUUACCAAUAGUCCAACA